CAAAGAAGAAGAACAAGAAGGGGAAGACGCUGACGCUGACGGAUUUCCUGGCCGAGGACGGCGGGCGCGGCUCUGGCCCCACGUUCAUCCCCAAACCCGUCAGCUGGGCCGACGAGACCGACGACCUCGAAGGGGAUGUGUCCACCACUUGGCACAGCAACGAUGACGACGUGUACCGGGCGCCGCCAAUUGACCGCUCUAUCCUGCCCACGGCGCCACGGGCUGCGCGCGAGCCCAACAUCGACCGCAGCCGCCUGCCCAAGUCCCCCCCGUACACGGCCUUCCUGGGAAACCUGCCCUACGACGUCACCGAGGAGUCCAUCAAGGACUUCUUCCGGGGGCUCAACAUCAGCGCCGUGCGCCUGCCCCGGGAACCCACCAACCCCGAGAGGUUGAAGGGCUUUGGCUACGCGGAGUUCGAGGACAUCGAUUCCCUGUUCCAGGCUCUGAGCCUCAACGAGGAGUCCCUUGGGAACAGAAGGAUACGAGUGGAUGUUGCCGAUCAAGCUCAGGAUAAAGACCGGGAUGAUCGCUGCUUCGGCAGAGACCGGGAUCGCUUCCGGGACUCGGAGAGGUUCGAGAGCGACUGGAGAGCGCGGCCCGCG